GGAGACUACUUCUGAUGGAGCUUGCGUUUUCCUCCGUUCUUGCGGCGCCGGCCUGUUUUCGCCUAGCACCCCAGCUUCCCCGGCCUUAGAGGUGGGCUCUUUCCUCUUUUGUCUCAACUCCCCAAAUCCCGGCAUCGCCAGGGUUGAACGGCGGGGACCGGAAGUGUGCGCUGCAGCGGCGGGUCCCCAGCGAAUCGACGCCGGAAGUAGCAGUUGGCUAGAAAAGGAUUCCGCGGGCUUCGCUAUGGCGGCGAUUCCCCCCGAUUCCUGGCAGCCGCCCAACGUAUACUUGGAGACCAGCAUGGGCAUCAUUGUGCUGGAGCUGUACUGGAAGCAUGCACCAAAGACCUGUAAGAACUUUGCUGAGUUGGCUCGUCGAGGCUACUACAAUGGCACCAAAUUCCACAGAAUCAUCAAAGACUUCAUGAUCCAGGGAGGUGACCCAACAGGGACAGGUCGAGGUGGUGCAUCUAUCUAUGGCAAGCAGUUUGAAGAUGAACUUCAUCCAGACUUGAAAUUCACGGGGGCCGGAAUUCUUGCAAUGGCCAAUGCAGGGCCAGACACCAAUGGCAGCCAGUUCUUUGUGACCCUGGCUCCCACCCAGUGGCUUGACGGCAAACACACCAUUUUUGGCCGUGUGUGCCAGGGCAUAGGAAUGGUGAAUCGAGUAGGAAUGGUGGAAACGAACUCCCAGGACCGCCCUGUGGACGAUGUGAAGAUCAUUAAGGCAUACCCUUCUGGGUAGUCUUGCGGCUCUCGGGCACACCCAGGUCAUCCGAGAUGACCCCAGCGAGCCAGCUUCCAGAUGGUCUAGAAAGACACAUAGCUCUGAACUUCAUUUUGGUUUUGCAAAUUGUGGUGCUGGGGCCUUGGGUGAAUUAGAGAUGGAAGUGUGUUUUCACAGGAUGCUUCUUUUCUCUUCUCCCGGAGCCAAGGUUGACGGCAUUGGCAGGAAUGCCCAUACGAGAUCGUACACAGGUUGCCGCUCACUGCAGACGACGCAUACUGCUCCUUGUGUGUGUAUCUGCUUAAUAGAUGCGAAACAAAAUGAAGCCAGCCCCGUCAUUUUGCAGUGCCCCACCACACUUCUUCCUGCAGAGACUUAUAUUCCAGUCCAUACUGCAUACUUUGGUGGCUGACAGCCACAGAAUUCAGAACCCAGUGGUGUCUAUCAGCCUUCUGACCUCUGUACACCCCAUUUCAGCCUCCUACAGUUCUUCCCGGGAACGUACGCAUCUCUCUCUUUCUUUUCCCUCUCAAAGCCAGAACAUCAACACUGCUGUUUCUGACACUUACACAUCCCACGCAAAGCCACAUUGGAGUUUUGCCAAAUGAAAACUGCAUCCAACAAUAAAGUUUCUAAGAAGGUGUCAAGUGGGGAAUGAUAAUGUGUAAUAAUUGAGAAAUGAAUUUACUAAAAGGAAGCAGAAGCACUGACCAUUUUUUCCCCAGAAAGGAGUAGAAAUCUAUACUGAGCAUAAGGCCAGACUAUGAAUUCUCCUUAAAAAGCAGUGUUCACACACAUAAAGGAGAAGCACAGCUUAAGUUUUUCUUUUUUUAAAACUUAAGACUUUAGAGAAACUAAGAUUUUAUAUGGUUUGUUUUUUUUUAAUCUUUUUUAUUUUUUUAGGAGGGGUGGUGAGAGAAAGGAAAUUGAUACCUAUGUAAUACAUAGAAACUUCCAAAAUAAAAUGCCAUUGGUGGUUAAAAUCA